AUGGAGGAGUCAAUUCCUACGCCACCACUGGAAGAAAUGGAGGUUUCUGGCAUGGACUCAAGUGCUAGUCAGUCUCCUAAUCCGGUUGAUGUGAUCCAACAUGACUCCAGCAAUUUCGAAGCGGUCAAGGAGCAUGUUCUUCCGCCAGUCCCACCUGACUAUGAGGUUGAGUUUGAAGGCUAUUUCACCUGGAAUAUACAGGACUGGAGGAAACUGUCUGAUUCCAAGAUUGUAAGCCCCCGAUUUGUGCUAGGAAAUUACAAAUGGAACCUGCUAAUAUUUCUCAAGAGAGCUAAUAAUGGCACCAAUAUUGGAAUCUACCUGGAACCUCACCCCCUUGAUGACGAUCAAGAGCAGGACCCGAAUUGGUACGUUUGCGCUCAGUUUGCAAUUGAUUUGUGGAACCCCGAGUACCCUUAUAUACACAAAUCGAAUGCUUCUUACCACAGAUUCAACCAAGAUGUGACCGAUUGGGGAUUUAGCACCUUCCUUGAACUUAGAAAUUUACAUCGUGCUAGCAAGUCAUAUGAUAAGCCGUUUUUAUUCGAUAAUAAGCUCAAUAUCACAGUCUAUGUGAGAGUAAUCAAAGACCACACCGGAGUUCUGUGGCAUAGUUUUGUGAAUUAUGAUAGUAAGAAGGAAACUGGCUUGGUGGGCUUGAAUAACCAAGGAGCUACUUGUUAUUUGAACUCACUUCUACAGUCAUACUAUUUUACAAAUAUCUUCCGUAAAAAAGUUUAUGCUAUUCCAACGGAUGAUGAGGCAAAGAACGAGCAAAUCAGUGAAGAGACCAUCAGUGUUUCUCUAGCGCUACAACGAGUCUUCUAUCAGCUUCAAAAAUCAAACCUUCCAGUUGACACAACCGAACUAACCAGGUCGUUUGGAUGGGAUACUAAUGAAGCUUUCAUUCAAAACGAUGUUCAGGAAAUGAAUCGUCUUUUAAUGGAAAAAUUAGAGAAUAAAAUGAAGGGGACUUCCAUUGAAGGAUGUUUGAAUGAUAUUUUCGUUGGCAAGAUGAAAAGUUUUAUUCGAUGCAUUCACGUCGACUAUGAGAGUAGCAGGAUAGAAGAUUUUUGGGAUAUACAGUUGAACGUCAAGAACAUGGGUUCUUUACAAAACUCUUUUGAGAACUACAUUGAACUGGAGACGUUGAGCGGCGAAAAUAAAUACGACGCCUCUGGUUUUGGCCUUCAGGACGCCGAGAAAGGUGUUGUAUUUGAAAGCUUCCCACCAGUUUUGCAUUUGCAAUUAAAAAGAUUCGAAUACGACUUUGUCUACGAUCAGUUAGUUAAAAUAAACGAUCGCCACUCCUUCCCUGAUGAAAUUGACCUCAAGCCGUAUUUGGAUAGUGCUGGUGAUGCUUAUGAUGAGGAUUGGGUCUAUUCUUUACAUGGUGUACUUGUUCACACAGGAGAUAUUUCUACGGGCCACUACUACGCUAUGAUUAAGCCAAGUAUUGAAAACACCUGGUACAGAUUUGAUGAUGACAAAGUCUGGAAAGUAACUAGGAGCCAGGUGUUUGACGAAAAUUUUGGCUUUGACGAGCUUCAGCCGGAUGUGGUUAGAUCAAUGACUAGAUCUCAGUUUUUGGAUUACCAACAGAAACGUCAUACGUCUGCAUAUAUGCUUGUCUACAUUAGGAAGAGCCAAGAGAAAGCAGUUCUAGAACCAGUGACAGACGCAGACGUUCCAUCGCACAUUCCUGAGCAGAUCCACAAAGAAUUAGAGGAGCGUGACCUUUUGGAAAAAGAAAGAAGGGAGAUGCACUUGUAUGAGCAUCUGAAGAUUAUCACCAACCAGACAUUCUCCAAGUAUGAGGGCUUUGAUUUGACCCCGAAUGUUUCGGACUUGAACUAUUAUGCUAGUGACUUGUUUGACGAAGAAUCUUACCCACUAGACGUUAAGCUACUGAAAACCGAACCUUUGUCGAAGUUAUAUGAUCUGGUAUCAGAUUCUUUGGGAGGAGUGGAUCCCAGACAUUUUAGAUUCUGGCAUGUAUCCACGCGACGAAAUUAUACAGCAAGACCUGAUGGUCCGGUUCCACUGACUUAUGAUACUUCUAAAAUACCAAUUGGCGAGGUAUUUAAACUGAAUUCUGGUAAGAAGCUAGUUCAACAGACAUUCUUGUUUGUGGAAGAAGUCGGCAAAGAGCUUAAUUUUGUCUCCAAGAAACUUCUGGAACUAAAUAAGCAAAACCCAAAGCUUGAUUCUGAGAUCAAUUCCAACAACAAGUUUGAAAUUCUCAAGCAAAGGUAUUCUCAGAUCCCUAGUGAUACUUUUCCUCCUUUUCAUAGCUGCGACCAAGAUUCGAUUCUUUUAUUUCUGAAGUACUUUGACCCCAAGUCCCAAAAUUUGCAAGGUUUGACUCAUGUCGUCGUGAACAAGGAUGCCAAGGUGUCUACAUUGACCAAAUCUGUCAAUUAUUUUAUGGGAUUUGAUUUAGAGACUCCGUUAAACUUUUACGAAGAAAUUGAGCCGAAAUCUAUUGAACCAAUCAUCCUUGAAAUUUCGUUUGCUGAGUCAGAGCUAUUGAAUGGAGAUAUCAUUUGUUUCACGCGGGCCGACACCGAAUCUGAUGGAUCAAUCAAGGAGAAUAUAGAUGGUUAUGGAUCUGUUAUUACCUACUACAACUUUUUGGAAUCUAGAAUUCAUCUGUUUGUGAGACCGGCUCUACUGGAUUCCUACUUGAACGAAGAGGAUGAGAAAAAUUUGGAGUCCAAGACAUUCCAUGUAUGGGUUCCCUCUCAAAUUCCUUAUGACUGUCUUGUUGCCAGAUUUGCAAAAGAAAUCAAAACUGAUCCCGACUAUUUACGCCUGUAUGGAGUGAACCAUGAUGAUACUAGAAUCGCUAUCCAUAGGAACACACGGUUGCGUGACAUCCUUCCUCGAAGCGUCAAACCGUCUCAAACAAUUACCUUUGAGUAUGAGAUUUUAGAUAUCACUUUGGCGGAAUUUGAAAGUUUGGUCCCAAUCGAGGUUUAUUGGUUCAACAAUUCAGUUCUCCACCUACAAAAGUAUGAGCUUUUAAUAUCCAAACAGGAAUCUAUAUUUGAUUUGCUGGGCAAGCUACAGUACAAGAUCGGCUUCAACGAUGAAGUUCGGGAGGGUAUUCUUGCAUGGACUUCUGUUGAUCACAAGUUCGGAACCUUAGUCGCUGACGAAAAUAUAGUUAGUUUGGUUCUGCGAGAGAGUACCAACCAUAUAUUCGUUGGCUCCUUUCCUCAUCUCAAAAAGAUCCUCACCACAACCGACGAGAACCAAGUUUUGGAACUUGAUGACGUUGAGAUCAUCAGAGGGGAUAUCAGGGAGGUUCCUGUGUUCCAAUUUAGGAAUGAAAUUCAUCGUAAACAUGGCGCGCCUUUCAUCUUUGAUGUUAGAAGAAAUGAGAGAUUCAAAGAUACUAAGAAUAGAUUUCAACGACUGUUGGGAUUAGGAGACAAAGAAUUUACGAAGACAGAGCUUGUAAUAGUCUCUAAUUCCAUAGACCAACAGAUACGUUAUGUGACGGAUGAAUCACUCUUACUUUAUGAUGAACUGGCAGAACAUGAACAACUUGCCAUUGACACACCACCAAGGGCUGUCAGACGUCCAACUAUCCAAGAACGAGCGCUAUUCAUUAAAGAUUAG